UCUGUUCAGAGAUUGGCUGAUUAGCCUCUGAGCAAACUGAACUACCUCCUGGUAUUGAACUGCUGCUGUUCUGAAACAUGGGUGUGAAGCGACAUGUUAUCUUCUGGAUCUUAUUACUAAUUCUAUAUGUUACAUUUAAACAUGGUUUAAAUGCAUGCCAGACAGAGCUUAUAGCCAACACGAGUUUAACCGCUGAGCUGCAGUCUGAUGUCCGACUGCCCUGUUCUUUUAAAUCAGACCUUUUACAGUCAAACAAAACUGAUACGAGUGUGGAAUGGAGACAGCUAACUCCAGCAGUGGUAGAUAUUGUGGAGAUCAGUCUGGAGGGUGAAGCAAAAUUCUGGAAUAGCAAACGAGGGCGCAUAAAGACAUUCCCAAAAUUGGAAUCUGGAUUGCCACAGUUCUCCAUCUUAAUCCGUAAUGUGCAGCAGUCUGAUUUAGGUCUCUACCACUGUAAUCUGUUCAGAGAGAUUGGCUGUCUCCUAGCCUAUAAGCAAAUUGAACUACGCCCAGCUGUGGUUUUAGUGGACUCUGAGAACACUUUAACUUGGCUGAUCCCAGUUGCAGCAACAGGAGGAGGGGUUGUGCUACUCAUGCUACUUAUAAUCACAUUUAAAUGUUUUAAACGUAAACAAAAUAUCAGUGGUGGACCAGUCUACGAAAACACAUCCAGGACCAACAGAAUAAAGACCCCCAAUGAAAUAAAUUUGGAGAGCAUGCAAGCCUUCCGAGGGGCCUGCAAAAAUACUGGCAGUGAUCAUGUCUAUGCGAACACCUCAACAAGCCAGACAACCAAGCCCAACAGUAAAAAGAAUUUGCAGACCAAACAGACCUUCCAAGGAUUUUCACACAAAAAUCCAAUCUACGGUUUAAAGUAAAACUGAUGUGCAUCAACAAGUUUAAAAGUUCUGCACAUCUGUUCGGGAGGAGUUUGAUCAUCUAAACCUGUCAAUCAUUAUUUCCAGCAUGUGUACGCAGCAGUCUACUUAUACUGGCAUCCCUUUUACACUGACUCCAGCUCCUUUAUUCUUAUUACUUCAAUCCAAUUCUGUAGGUCAAGUCUUGGACAGAGCCCAAGUCAAAUUAGUUUACUUUUCCAUUUUGUUAAUUGACAGAUGAAUUUGUGAAAGCAAUAAGAGUGAUUAUAACAUAUCAGAGAUUGGUGCAGAGUUUUAAUCAAUUUGCAUUAUUACAGAUUUGUACUGACCACACUUUUAAGACUAUUAAAUAUUAUAAUUUUCUGUCCAUUCUGAUACAGAUGACAAAAACA